UUGCGCAAGGGUGAUAUGUUAUUGGAGAUGGAGCAGCAUUCGGGCCUGAUAUCCCUGAAUAUGUCGCCGUUUCAUCUGAGCCCGCAGGGUAGUCCCCAGGGUGCGGCAGGCGCCGGUCAGCAGCAACAGCAGGCCCAGCAACAACAACAACAACAACAACAACAACAGCAACAGCAACAACAACAACAACAACAACCUCAUUACGGUUCCUCGCCCUAUGGGAAUUGCGCCCAGAGCCCACCCGCGACAAUGUGUCACCAAUCUCAGUCCCAGCAACAGCAACAGCAGCCGCAACAGCAGCAACAGUUGUCGGUUCACGGUCAGGCGCACACGCAGGGCGGUAUUUCGAGUUUCGACGCCGCCUUCUUCGACUCCACCGCCCUGGAGGAACGAUGCCCCAUGUGCGGCGACAAAAUGUCCGGCUAUCAGUACGGUUUGCUCACGUGCGAGUCAUGCAAAGGUUUUUUCAAACGCAACAGUUCGCCGUGCAGUAGCAAAAAGGUGUACACGUGUCUGUUCUCACCGACGGGCGGUGGGGGCGGGGGAGGAGGCGGCGGCGGCGGCGGUGGAGGCGGUGGAAACGGUAACAACGGCGGGAACGGCGGAUGUGGCGCAUCUUCUGCACUGGAUAUCGGAUCUUGCAGCACUAAGAAGGUGUACACGUGUCUGUUCUCGCCAACAGGGGCCGGAGGCGGUAACGGGGGCAACGGAGGCAGCAACGGGGCAGCUAACGGCGCGGGGGGUGGCUGCGGUACCUCGACGGCCCUCGAGACCGGCGGCGGCGGUUACAACGGCGGGGCUGUAGGCGGCGGGGGCGGCGGCGGCGCGGGCGCCGCUGGCGGAAGUGGGCCCACCGCAGGAAACGCCGCUGCUGGCGGCGGCGGUAGCGGUAGCGGCACCGGGGGCGGCGGCAGCGGAUCCGCUACGGUAAGCGGGAAUGUCGCGAUUCCGACUACCACCUACUCUUUACCAACUGGUACCAUUUGUCAUCCUGGAUUGGGCCAGGUUGGCGUUGGUGUCGUGACCGGCUCGAUACCCUGCCCGUCCGACUUCCCCGACACCAAGGACAUCAUCAUCGAGGAGCUGUGCCCGGUGUGCGGCGACAAGGUCUCCGGUUACCACUACGGGCUCCUCACCUGCGAAUCCUGCAAGGGUUUCUUUAAACGGACCGUCCAGAACAAGAAGGUCUACACGUGCGUCGCGGAGAGGUCCUGUCACAUCGACAAGACGCAACGGAAGCGGUGUCCGUUCUGCCGUUUCCAAAAGUGCCUCGAGGUCGGCAUGAAGCUUGAGGCCGUGCGGGCGGACCGGAUGAGAGGCGGUAGGAACAAAUUCGGACCCAUGUACAAGAGAGACCGAGCGCGGAAACUGCAAAUGAUGAGACAACGGCAGCUGGCACUGCAAACGAUACGCGGCAGCCUCGGUGAUCCAUCGAACUAUCCCUCCGCCGUAACGCCUUUCCUGCAUAUUAAACAGGAGAUCCAAAUACCUCAGGUCUCGAGUCUAACGUCUUCUCCAGAUUCGAGUCCAUCCCCCGCAGCCGUGGCCGCUGGUCUGGUCACGACACAGGCUGGCAGCGGAGCUGGUCAGCAUCAACUGAUCGCACCGUCCUACCAGCCAAACAUUUCUGGUACAAACAACCUGCACAACCUCAACCCUGGCCUGGAUAGCAAGCUGUGGGCUGCCAAUUCCACCACCCCGAGUCCUAAGGCCUUCAACUUCGGCGAACAGUCCACGCAACCUCAGGGAGCCGCUGGUUCCGCGCCCUCUACAGCCGCCUUGAAAACUAGUCCGAUGAUAAGAGACUUCGUGCAAUCGGUCGACGACCGCGAGUGGCAGGCGUCCCUUUUUGGACUGUUGCAAAACCAAACGUACAAUCAGUGUGAAGUGGACUUGUUCGAAUUAAUGUGCAAAGUGCUCGACCAGAAUCUGUUCUCGCAGGUGGACUGGGCAAGGAAUUCUGUAUUCUUCAAAGAUCUCAAGGUUGACGACCAAAUGAAGUUACUACAGCACUCCUGGUCGGAUAUGUUGGUGCUUGACCAUCUUCAUCAAAGGUUACAUAAUAAUCUACCCGACGAGACUACGCUUCAUAAUGGCCAAAAGUUUGAUCUCCUUUGUCUCGGCCUACUUGGAGUUCCUUCCCUGGCAGAAAUCUUCAAUGAAUUGUCAUCUAAACUUCAGGAACUCAAAUUUGACCUUUCGGACUACAUAUGCAUGAAAUUCCUGAUGCUGCUCAAUCAUGACGUUCGGGGAUUAGUUAACAAGAAACAUGUACAAGAAGGUCACGAACAAGUGUUACAAGCUCUCCUGGAUUAUACGUUGACAUGUUAUCCAUCUGUAACGGAUAAAUUUAACAAGCUGCUAGCAGUAUUACCAGAAAUCCAUGCGGUAGCGAACAGGGGUGAAGAUCACCUUUAUCAGAAGCAUUGUAGCGGCGGAGCACCAACUCAAACUCUUCUUAUGGAAAUGCUUCAUGCUAAGAGAAAAUGAAACGAUAAAUUCGUUUGGCAUCUUUGCCAUGAGUUAGUCUGUUGCUAUAUCUCAAAAAUCACGAUAGAGCCCCUUACCGUCAAAGUGGACCUCAAGUACCUACUAAGAGCUAACGCUGCUUAGGUAUUGGACCAAGUUAAGGGGCCCUGGUUCAAAAAAUACCUAUGCAAACAAAUCAAGUAUAGACGUACAUACUUUACAUAUAUACAUAAUAUAUGUAUUAUAACGUGUAUCUAAAUAUAUAAACAUAAUGACAUAUAUUUUCUAUAUUUGAUGUUGAAGUUUUAGAGAUGUAUCCAUGGAGAAUUACUACCCCUGUUGGUGGGUACAAGCGCAGGGAAACAGUAAGCAAGAUGCCUUGAAAACAGUACAAAGGGUGGUUAACAAAAUAUUGGUCAAAGGGCAGGCAACUUUUGUCUAAAUAAGUAAAGCUAUUUUUCUAAUACUAGAAGCGAUUAUUUUUAAGCAUACCACUGAAGCCUUGCUCUCAUUUUGAACAAAAAGAUAUCCUAAUAGUAACGAACGAAAAAAAAAGAUUGCCGACUCUCCAGUCAAUCAUGCUUCUGCAAGGGAUUCAAUGGGCAUACUUGAACGACAGUAAAAUUUCAUGUGAUAUACUUAUAUAUACAUAUAUACAUAUAUGUCGCACGGCCACCUGGGCAUCCUUAGAACUUCCUAUAAAAAAUCUGCAUUUUGUCACACUUGCACACAGCAGGGCUACUAUAUUGUAAAUACUAGUUAACACAUUCCAAUUAUGUUGUAAAGUAUGAAUCAUGUUAAAUAUGUAAUUAUAAUAUUUUGUGUAUAGUUUAAUAAAAUAAAUAUAUUUCUGUUGCUUACCGAGAAAAAAUCAUUAGCUACUUAAUGUCUUCACUAAUUUUAGAAUCUUAUUCAUGUAUUUUUCUCUUUAUUAUUUUUCAAAUAGGUGGCGGAAAAAAAUAACCACAAAAUGCGAUAUUUUAUUAUUGUAUAUUGUAUUAUAAUAAAGAUUCUGUUUAAGAAAUAAAAGAAUCAUUGGAGCAAGGUU